AUGCGUCGCACCACCGCUCUGUGGUUAUCACAGAAGCUGGAUAUUAUCACCUCCCGCAAUCCUCCAAUAGCGGCAGGUAGUCUUUUCUUUGCCGAUCGCGCGGUGAAGGUGACACGCGCGACAAUUCCUGGCUCUUCAUUUAUAUGUACUCCCGCUCUCCUCGCGUGCCGGUGCCCCGACGCCUCCGCGAAGGUGAGCCUUGCGACAGAGGAAAAAAUUGGGGCACCCGUAGCGAAGGUGCAACUCAGUGGUAUGUGCGCCGUCUCACUCUUUCGUUCUCAGAGACUCGCUUUUCAUUGCGCGGGAGAACCGGGGCGCACACAGCGGCAUGAACUGGGCCUCCAAGAAGGCGAUAUGAUCGCUCUGCUGGGUGGAAGUGAUCUGCUGAGCGACUGGCGCUCUGUCGAGCGUACGCUGAGUAGUGUUGCUCAUGAGGACCUUGAGUACAUCGCAGAAGAGUUGUUGCUGGUGCUUGGAAGGAAUACACGUAGAGUGACUGCCAACAGUAGUAACAAUAAAGAACUCAAUAGUUGGGAUGAAGAAGGCAGAGGAAACGGGAUUUGCGUUAUGGCGGCAGUACAUAACAGACCAUCAGGAGGGCUUCCGCAACCCCCUACGUCCAUGGAAUUUCCAGGGGUGUAG